UCUCGUACUAGUGUUCAUUUUAUAACCGUCAUGCCUCCUAAAACAAGCGGUAAGGCUGUGAAAAAGUCGGGCAAGGCCCAGAAGAACAUUACCAAGUCCGACAAAAAAGGACGCAAGAAGAAGAGGAAGGAAAGUUACGCCAUCUACAUCUACAAAGUGUUGAAACAAGUUCAUCCUGACACUGGAGUUUCCAGUAAAGCCAUGAGCAUCAUGAACAGUUUCGUCAACGACAUCUUCGAACGUAUUGCGGCUGAAGCUUCCAGACUUGCGCAUUACAACAAGCGUUCUACUAUCACCUCCCGGGAAAUUCAAACUGCAGUUCGUCUACUAUUACCCGGAGAACUGGCCAAGCACGCAGUCAGUGAAGGAACCAAAGCUGUCACUAAAUACACUAGCUCCAAGUAAACUUUCCAAUCCCUCAAUAAACCAAACGGCCCUUUUCAGGGCCACCAAAUUUUUCAAAACGUAUCAAUACUUAUCAAGUUUAUAUUACACCUGAAUAAAUACAUUAAUAAGAAAUUUUCACGUAACAUUUUUCCAAGAUAAUUUCGACCUAAGCUUAAAAUUUAACGUAUGCGAAAUCUACUUUCAUUUUUUAUCUGUUAUACUAGAAAUUGUCAUAUCACCAAUUUACAACCGGAGCUGAUGACUGAGCCAUCGUUAAUAUAUAACCAACGCUUUUUGAGCGAUUUCUGAGAUUCUUUUUUGUGAUUGGCUUCAAUUGGUAUGGAACGAAAAUUUAAACCCUAUAAAAGCCUAAUAAACCAGCCGUUUAUUUCAUUGGAAAUGGCCAUUCUAAUUGUUAACCCAACUACAGUAAUUUAGUUAAUUUGAGAUAUUUCUCGAGAAUUGAUAUUUCCUAUCUAUACAACCAUACAGAUCUGUAGGCUGUCUGUACAUUUGGUUUCAUUAACAAAGUUUGAUGAAAACAACACUCGAGUAUUAUACCGAUUCAACACGAUGAUUAUGAAGUUAGCAGUCUAUUGGAAAUUUUCGGAUUUUUUUUUAAUCAAUUCCAAAAAGAAAAAAAAAACUAAAAAUAUGCACUUGUAGAAAAUAAAAAAAAUGAGGUGCAAUUUUUUAAAAUAUUCUUUUUGUUAUAAUUUACAGUUUUGAAAAAUAUCGUAAAAUAAUUAUAUGUCGGGUAACUUCAGUAUCAUUUCUACACACGAUGCAUAAGAUUCUAUUUUACCGAUUGCGAAAGUUGUAUUAAAUAUAUAUAAAAGUUUAAUUUGGCAUAAUGAGACAUAUCCCUACAAA